AGGAGGAGUAGGAGGAGGCGGAGGAGGAGGCGGAGGAGGAGGAGGCGGAGGCGCUAGCGAUGGGGGUGGCGAGUCGGGGCGACGGGCGGCUUUGGCGACGGGCGGCCGGCCCGCCGAGCCAGGCGCACGGCGGGGGGCCCACGAAAGCUCCGUCGACGGCGCACGCCAGCACCACGGCCAAGGACUUCAUCACCAACAUCGUGGACCAGCUGCCGUUCCCUCAAUGGGCCCUGAUCGCCAUGUGUGUGGGAGGGGGCCUCGUGCUGCUGUGCAUCAUCGUCUGCAUCUGCCGCUGCUGCUGCUGCCGUAAGAAGGAGGAGAAGAAGAAGAAGAAGGCUGGGGCUCUCAUCAAUGGCGGCGGCGGCGGCAAGGGCGGCGGCGGCAAGGGCGGCGGAGGCGGCAAGGGUAAGGGCGGCGGCGGCGGCGGCGGCGGUGGCCGUGAUUCCAGCGCCAGCGGAGGCAUUGAAGAUUCUCAGUUCCGGGGCCGGCUGCAGUACUCCAUCUCGUACGACGCACCCAACGCCCAGUUGCAGGUGGAGGUUUUGAAGGCGGAGGACCUCCCGGCCAUGGACAGGAACGGCAAGUCGGAGCCGUACGUGGUGGUGAUGGUUCUGCCGGACAAGCAGAACAAGAAGGAGACCAAGGUGAAGAGGAACGACCUCAACCCCACCUUCAACGAGAAGUUCAUCUUCAGGGUCAUCCCGGCGGAGACCGCGAACCGCACCCUGCUCUUCGUCGUUUAUGACUUCAACCGCUUCUCCAAGCACGACAUCAUAGGCGAGGUGCGGCUGCCGCUUGCCUCCAUUGACCUGGAGCACAUCACGGAGGAGUGGAAGCUGAUCAGCAAGUCGGACAACGACGAGAUGGAGAACCUGGGGGACAUCUGCUUCUCGCUGCGCUACGUCCCCACGACGGGCAAGCUCACUGUCGUCAUCCUCGAGGCCAAGAACGUCAAGGCCAUGGACAAGAACGGCCUCUCUGACCCCUUCGUGAAGAUCCAGCUGAUGGAGAACGGCAAGAGGAUCAAGAAGAAAAAGACGACCAUCAAGAAGGAGACGCUGGACCCCUACUACAACGAGUCGUUCACCUUCGACAUCACCACCGACCAGAUCCACAAGGUGCAGCUGGUCAUCUCGGUCAUCGACCACGAUAAGAUGAAGAAGAACGACAUGAUCGGCAAGGUGUUCGUGGGCUCGGAGGCGACGGGCGGAGGCCUCCGGCACUGGAAUGACAUGCUGAACAACGCGCGGCACCCCAUCGCUCAGUGGCACAGCCUCAGCCGGCCCGAGGAGGUGAAGACGGCUCUCGGGCAGCGCUAGCAACGGGGAUCACCCCCCCCACCCCCCACCCCCA